GUUAAGUUUUACAUGGAAGUCAUUUGCUUUUCAGAGUGUAAAAAAAUGGAUUUGGCCAACCAUGGACUUAUUCUGCUGCAGCAACUAAACGCUCAGAGAGAGUUCGGUUUCCUGUGUGACUGCACCGUCGCCAUUGGUGAUGUCUACUUCAAGGCACACAAAUCGGUCCUUGCUUCUUUCUCCAACUACUUCAAGAUGCUGUUUGUUCAUCAAACCAGUGAAUGUGUCCGUUUGAAAGCAACUGACAUACAGCCAGAUAUCUUCAGUUAUCUUUUGCAUUUGAUGUACACGGGGAAGAUGGCACCGCAACUCAUUGACCCAGUUCGACUGGAACAGGGAAUAAAGUUUCUGCAUGCAUAUCCUCUAAUUCAAGAGGCCAGCCUUGCAAGUCAGGGAACUUUUUCUCACCCAGAUCAAGUUUUUCCAUUAGCAUCUUCAUUAUAUGGCAUUCAGAUUGCAGAUCACCAGAUAAGACAUCCCACUAAGGUUACAUCAGCGACUGACAAACUCGGGCGAGAACCAAGGCCACAGACAUCACGGAUGAACCAGGAGCAGGUUUCUGAAGGCCCACAGCUCUCACAGUUAGCUACAACUCUGCCACAAGUGACCCGGACAAAUAUGUCCACUGCUGACCCGUUGCCAUCUUCUUUAUCUCCAGAAUUGGUAUCUGCUGCUGGUAAUAAUUCACCUGCAGGAGAAGAGGCCAACAUGGAAGCAUCUUCUUCGGACGAGCAGCCUGCCUCGCUCACAAUAGCACAUGUCAAGCCAAGCAUUAUGAAAAGGAACGGAAGCUUUCCAAAAUACUAUGCCUGCCACCUCUGCGGUCGUCGGUUCAAUUUGCGAAGCAGUUUACGUGAGCACCUGCAGAUCCACACGGGAGUUCCCUUCACAUCUAGCCAGCAGGGAGAAAGUAAUAUUUCUUUGUCUCUCUGUAACAACACAGCUGAUAAAGAUGCCGUGGAAGUGCCUGAAGCAGGGAUGAUUAGUGACAGCGAGCUGCAGCAGAUCUCAGACUCCCCGAUAAUCGAUGGGCAGCAGCAGUCAGAGACACCGCCCCCCUCUGAUAUUGCAGACAUAGACAACUUGGAGCAGGCAGAUCAAGAGAGGGAAGUAAAAAGACGGAAAUACGAAUGUUCCAUCUGCGGUCGCAAAUUUAUUCAGAAAAGCCACUGGAGGGAGCACAUGUACAUACACACUGGCAAGCCCUUCAAGUGCAGCACUUGUGACAAAAGCUUUUGUAGGGCUAACCAGGCUGCCAGACACGUGUGCCUAAACCAGAGCAUGGACACGUACACUAUGGUGGACAAACAGACUCUGGAACUCUGUACUUUCGAGGAAGGCAGUCAAAUGGACAACAUGCUAGUACAGACCAACAAGCCCUACAAAUGUAACUUGUGUGACAAAACAUUUUCAACUCCCAAUGAAGUAGUCAAACAUUCGUGCCAAAAUCAAAACUCUGUCUUUACACUAGAAGAAGAUCGCUCCAUUCUGCUAGGUGGUGGGGACACAGAAGCCACAGAGACUGAUAACGCAGUGUUAGCCUCGAUUAAAAAGGAGCAGGAAGCAGUGUUGUUAGACUGAAUGUGAAACUUAUAUCCAUUUUUUAAAGUUUCUUUACUCAUUUUUUAUUAAAUCAAUUUCCCCUGCCCCCUUACCUCACUUACCCCUGCCAUCUUUUCCACCAGCCUCCUUCCUGCCCUUUGUCUUCAGCAACCAGAACUGUACCGGUGUGUUAGGAAAUUGGACUUUGCCUCUCCUACCAAAACAAACAAAAAGCUCUUGCAUCAAAAGACAACAUAAUUGAUUUUAAUACAAAGGAACGUGUGAAAAAAUAAUCCAGCUAACUAUGUUGAUAGUAUUAGUUAAUCCAAGUUGAGUAGAUUUUAAACAAAAUUUAGAUUGCUUAAAAGUGUAUUUAGAUACAAUGAUGAGUGUAAUGAGAAACAGAGUAUCAGUUUGGUAAGCAAAGAAUAUACAUACAUGUAAGUGUCCCUGGUAAAAGGCAUUUUGAGAAGAUCUGGCAAAUUAAACACCAUGCCUUUCAGAAGUCCAUAUGCAAGUUGAUUAAGGUUAUACCUUGAAGCCCUCAGAACUUUUCUCAAUGAAUGUGAAAAUCUCUGUUCAUUGAGUUAAGAAGAGCUGAGGGUGUUGGAUUUCUUUUAGCCUUAUGUUUUCCUUCAAGUAUGCCUUUGGGUAUCUGUUUCUGAUAACAUCACUGAGUCAAGCAAAGGAGUUACUUAGUCAAAUUUUGAUUUAAGUAGCCGUAAUA